GAGAUCGAGAUCGAAACUACAAUCCAAGGGUCCGACCUCUUAGAGAGAGGGUCUCGCUCUUCCACAGGUCAUAUCCCUGCGCACCAGGGAUCCCAUCCCAUUCGAGUCCACAUUUUGCUGCGUUUUCUUGGGAGCGAGCCGCGCUCUUGUCUCAAAUCCCUUCUUUUGAAUUGGCCCUGUCUUCUUUCUCUCUCUUAAAACAACGUCCUCACCCUCUCAAUAAACACACCCAGCAAACCAAUCACCCACUUGUUUCUUAUAUAAACCGUCUCUUUCUUGUUACUGUUUUUUUUUUUUUUUCUUUCUUCUUCUUCUUUCAUUUCCCUCUGUUGGGUUGCUGGUGUCAGAUUCAGACCUUUUUUAGGCAAUUCACUUUUUUGGGGCACUCUCUCUCUCUCUUCUUUCUUUUUCUCUCUCUUCUACCUUUGCAGAUAGAUAAUGGGUCGCGUUAAACUCCAGAUUAAGAAAAUAGAGAACAGUACCAAUAGACAGGUAACCUUUUCAAAGAGGAGGAAUGGGCUCAUUAAGAAGGCUUAUGAGCUCUCCAUUCUGUGCGAUAUAGACAUAGCUUUGAUCAUGUUCUCACCUUCCGGUCGACUAAGUCAGUUUUCCGGCAAAAAACGGAUUGAGGACGUCUUGGCGCGUUAUGUAAACCUUCCUGAUCAUGAUAGAGGAGGGCCACUUCAGAAUCAGGAGUAUCUCAACAGGGCGCUCAAGAAACUCAAGUGCGAAAGCGACAUCGCUUCCCAUCUCACUAGUCCUGCGAGCAGUGUUAACUCUAGUGUUGAGGAGCUUCAACAGGAAAUUAGUAGAUUUCAACAACAACUACAGAUUGCUGAAGGGCGACUAAGUUGUUUUGAGGCCGAUCCCUCUAAAAUCACAUCGCUGCGAGAGGCUGAGUGCUGCGAGAAGCUCCUCAUGGACGCCCUCACUCGAGUUACUCAGAGAAAGGUCUCAGACACCCCUCUCUCUCUCUCUCUCUCUCUACUAAAGAUAUUUCUUUCUAACUAA